AUGAGUGCUCAUGGAACUCGCUAUCGUAGUUUUUGUGGGCACGGUAAAGGUCGUAAGGGGGCUCUAGCUGAGUCUUCCUCUCUAGGCAAUAUGCCAAAUUUAGGUACGAGUGAGACACCAAUUUCACCUGCUACUGAGACUGGGUCUCAAAGCCGAUUGGCUGGGGAUGACGCAUUAUCCCAAGCCAUGUUGAGGGUGUUGGAGAAGCUUGUUGGACCCCAUUCUGGAUCUAGGGGCCAUGGGCCGGUAACUGAACCACUCUGGUCCAAUGGAGCUGAACUGUUUAGGGGUGUCACUGGAGUCGCCCCUACUGUGGCCGAGUAUUGGUUGGAGGCCACUAAGAGGAUCAUGAACGACAUCAACUGUACUCCUAAGCAGAAACUAAGUAGUCUCUUUGCUUCACAACGAGGCAUAUCAGUGAGGAAGUAUGUGAGGGCAAGCUGUGUUGAUGCUUGUAGGCGUGAGUUCAUGAAUCUCACGCAAGGUGAUAAAUCAGUGGUUGAGUAUGAGGCUGAGUUUCUGAGGUUAAGCCGCUACGAUCGAGGCAUGAUGGUGUCUGAGUAUGAAAAAUGCGUCCGUUUUGAGAAUGGCUUGAGGGAUUAUCUGAUGGUAUUAGUUGCUCCACAGUGGGAGAAAAAGUUCGCAGUUCUGGUGGAUAAGGUGAAAUUCGUUGAGGAGGUUUAG